CGGGGCGGGCCGCGGGCUGGCCGCCCCGAUAACGGGCCGGGGCCGGGGCCGCCCCUGCGCACCCCGCCCGCCCCUGCCCGGCGGGUUUUGGUGGCCGCGGGGGCGAGCGAGUGGCCGGGGCGGCGAUUGCCGGGGGGCCGGGAGCGGGGGCACGUGACUGCCCGACAGCAUUUUGGGGUCCGUGCUUCGGCGGAGGAGGAGGAGGUUGAAAAUGGAAGCAGCUCGAUAAGCAGGACGCGGCUGAGUCGCUUCCUUCGCUCGGGAGGAACACUUCAAGAAUGAAUCCACCACAAGAUAGAAGUAGAAAUUCCUGCAGCAGUGAGCCUCUGGCAAAGUGCCUUCAAGCAAAGAAGGACUUGGAAACAGCUAUAUCUGGAAUUGUCAAAGCUGAACAACAGAUUAAAGAGAACUGGCGGGAGGUAAAAGCCAAGAUUCACAGCCACAUAAGCCGCCACCUGGAAUGCCUGCGCAGUCGCGAGGUUUGGCUGUUUGAGCAGGUAGAUCUCAUUCAGCAGCUGAAGGAGGAGGCGUUGCAGCAGCAGGCACAGCAGCUCUGUUGGUAUUUGGGACAAUUCAACUGUCUUAUUCAUCAGCUGGAACGCACCUAUAGUAACGAACUAGCAAACCAGAUUUCAGUUUGCCUGGAGAGACUGGAAAGUCUUACUCUUAAACCAGAGGAGUCUUCCAUCCUGAAUUUUGAGGCUGACACGUCUUACCUUCGCCAGGCUAUUACCUCAUUUGGUUCAAUUAAAACGAUGCAAACCUCAGAGAGAGAGAGUGCUUCUCCCUGGUUCUCAGGGCAGAAUUGUGCCCUAAUGAACUGUGAGCAGCAGAAAACACUGUGUGGGACGGUGAGUGCCUCGCUUGCUGACUGGCUGCUUGGAAGCAGACCUGGGGGUGUUUGCCAGGCUCCGUAUGUUCCCAGCACCAAUCUGGAAGAAUGGGUUACGCAGAAAUGUGUGUCAGAGCCCAGCCAGGAUUUAAAUUCUUCCAAAGUCUGUUAUUUUGAGCAAGCCUGGGGAAAUCUGAAAGAUUUGGAAAACUGGCUCCUGCAGAAUCAACAGCGUGACGUCACUGGGAAGACAGACUCCCUUGGCCGCAAGGACUCCACCUCUACUUUCAACUCGUCCUUUUCCACUUUUGAGAAGGUGGAGGAAUUGGAAUCCCUUGGGCAAGAAGAGAUGGACCUCUCUGACUGGCUGCUUACCCCUGACACAGAAAAUGGAAGUAGUGCUUCAGAUGAGAAAUGGAAGCAUGAAUUUAAACCUUUUAGGGAAGAAUUUAAUUUGAAUGAUUGGCUCCUCAAAGCUGAAACAUGUACCAGCUGUUGUGGCAGCCAGAUCAAAAGUGUGGAAAUCGAGAACCUGGGAAAUCUGAAGUGCCUGAAUGAGCAUCUUGAUGGAAAGAAAUCACCCACUACAUCUGCUGUAAAUGGCUGGCUUCUUCAGCAUCCCCAGGCCCCACUGAAAGUGGAAGAUGUGUGCAAAGCUAAUGAGCUGUGUGCCAGCUUUUCAGAAUGCGUGUGUGAUGAAAACUGUGGAAAAGAGGCUCUGUGUAAAUGGCUUCUGAAGAAAGAAGGGAAGGAUAAAAAUGGAGUUCCAGUCAGCCAGAAAGAGGUACCAAACCCUGAGCACGAGAAGACCAAGUCUGCUGUCAAUGCCUGGCUUGGCCCUGCACAGCAGCUCGCAGGGGAACCCGUUAGUGUGGAGAAAGCGGAUUAUUCAGCAGAGGUCGCAGAACCCUUGAAAGUAUUGCUUGAAAGGCCUCUGACGAGCUGGCUGGCCAAGUCUGAGCACAAAGCAGAAGGUGCAGAAGAAAAGGGAAGCAGGGAAAAAGCAGACAGUAGUUUCAAGAGUCCUUUCCUAGACCUCUUGGCUCCAUUCCACCACCCCUUGAAUGUAAACAGUUGGGUGUUGACUUCAAACAACCUAGAAAAUGUGAACCCACCUCCAGCAGAAGAUAAAUGGCUUCUACGCAAGAAAGCACAAGACUUUGGCCUUCCUACAGUUUGUGACCUUUUUGCCUGUAUGAAACUCAAUGGAGAUAAAGAAAAAUGGCUGUAUCGGACUCCUUUACAGAUGUGAAGAACUGGAAAUACAGAAAUCAUCCCCUUCCUGCUGAUCAAUCGCACAUCAUGCUGAGUGACUGCAGCCAGCUGAAUUCUUGUGUUUGUGUUUGGCCAUCUGCUUUUUCUUCUAAAAUUAUAACAAAAAGAAAGAUUAUUCAUAUAACAGAGCUACGGUGCAGAAGAUGCCUUUUUGUUAUGAUUAAUUCUGAAAUGUAAACCCACUGAGCAUAAGCAAUCUGAUACUAUUAGAGGUGUUAGUAAAUUUGUAUUUGUUAUGGGACUACGUGAAUCUUUUUUAAUGGGCUGUCACUUGAAGUAUGUUGAAGCCAGUGCAAGUGUAAAGCAGAAUCUGUCUGGUGCUGUGAAACGUCCACCUUUGGCAGUGGCUUUAGAAGCGUUGCCGUUCCGUUCAGCUGCUACGACUUUGUCACGAGUUGGGUACCAGCUUACUGGGGUUGCGAGAUAAGAGGCUGUAUUUGGAAACAGUUUCUUUUAUUGAGCAGUUGCUAACUUAAAGUUAGGAUUCGUUUGCACCUUGUAUCGGUGUGUCUCCUGGCCGAGUAUGUGUAGUCCAGUUUUGGAAGUUUGUUUAUGGGAUGUGACAUGUGACAAGAGACUUGGUAACUUAGUUUUGAAUUAAAAGUUUCCUUGCAGAUUUUUGAGCCGUUCAGAGAACCAGGGUAGGGUGUUAAUUUUUUUGCAUCAGUAGAUCAGAUCCUACGAUGUCCCCAGCUUUUAAUAACUAUGAAUUUCACCGGAAAAGCUGUAAGAUGAAAUGUGUACCUUUCUACUAGUUCUAGAUAAUUCAUAAUGAACUUUUCUUGACUAAACCACUGAAAAGUAGGCACCUUAGCCACAUAAUAUUUAAAGGUAAUAUUUAGGGAAUUUGAUGCCUUCUCAUCAGGUUGAUGUCAUGGUGUUUAAUUGGGAAACACUAACUCAGCAAACUGCGUGGCUCCCACUGAUCUGUUUUAAAGAUAUUGAAGCUGUGGAUUUCCACGUUGUUAUGCAUAUGAAAGUGGGGUCAAGUAACUCUGAUCCUGAUAGCUGUGGACAUAAUAGGAGCAAUACCUCCUUAGGUAUUUAACAUUUUGAGCCUGUGGGAAAGAGCAGGGAGAUGUUAGAUGGAAAUGAGCAGCUUCUGCUCAUUUAACAAAUUGCUCUUGAUGACUACAAAAAUAGCCUCCCCUUUUCCCCAUCCCUGCAGCCUGCCUGGGAGUAACAGUGAGUUCAGUUCUUCACAACCCUGUAGAAAGGAAAUUGUUAGCAAGAUCCAACCUUGGUGUCGUUUUGCAGUGUGAACACAUUCCUGUCUGAUAGAACCUGUGCAUCUGUUGAAAAGUAAGUUUUUAGUCCGAGAGGGGGACACUGCACGUCUGAAACCAGCCCCCGCAAGGGCUUCGUGUCAGUGGACUGCUUGAGGCUUUCAUACUUCCCUAGUUGGGGCCUUCUGUUGGAAGCAGAAACACGUUUUUGAAGUUCACUUUCCCCUUGAACGUGUCCUUGCUGCUGCAUGGGAACACUGCACUGUGAGUAACUCCAAUAGCCUAACUUGAUUAGCAGUUGAACUUAAUGAAGGUGAUUGACGUGCAGCCCAUCUCUUAUAAUUCCUUGUAGUCGUCAUCGUGUGCUACUUUGUCAGUUCAUUAUGAACCUUUAAAACUUGGGGGUAUGUAUUCCUUUACUUACUCAACUGACUUGUUAUCACUAAUUGAUAUUUAUGUAAAACACUGAUUAGUCUUUUCCAUUAAAAAAUAAUUGCAACCAAA